CGCAUCGACGAAAGACUUCUGUAGGGAGCCGCAAGAGUAACAUGUCUGAGUCUGGCAGUGAAAGGAGCAACUCAGAUUAUUCACUGUUGCAGCAGCAACAGUCAAGACACAGACGUGAGAGAUCUGAUAGAAGAAAGAGUAGUUUGGCUUCGUCUGGAACUGGAAGCGAUCAUAGCAGCACGUCCCAUUCUCAGAGCAAGCCUAAGAGUACUACCAGUAGCCAUCACUCUCACUCUGAUCUUCUUAGUCACGACACUCAUACUAGAGUAGCGUCAAUACCCAAGUUUGGGGAUUGGGAUGAAAAAGACCCCCAAUCGGGAGAAGGUUUUACUUACAUAUUCGAGCAAGUGAAAGAAGAAAAAAAAACUGCAUCACAAUUUCCCAAUAUGCCCCAACAACAACCAGUCAAUCAUUUAAAUAGUGCAAAUAAACGUGGAAAAUCUUAUUCCAAUUCCAAAUCAAAGAGUUGGUGCUGUCUAUUUUGAAGUGAAAGGCAGUGACAUGGACAUGGCUUUGCUUUGGGUCUAUUUUGAAGUGAAAGGGAGAACAAAAGUUUAAUUGGUUGUUUUAAAGACCGGAAAGUUUAUUUGUGAUUGUCAUUAUUCUUUAUCUUAAGAAAAUGGUUGCUAUAUUGACUUAAUAUUAAAGUAAUUAGUACGUAUUCUUGAUCUUAAUUUUUUUAUAAUCUUAUUUGGGGUCAUGUUAUUGUAUGUUAGUUUUAUGUCUCAUAUUGCAUGAGGUUAUAUAUGUAA